AUGGAACUCGUUGCACAUUUUGAUAUGGAGCUACAUCAGAUGGAACAAUUAUAUGGUGCAACUAGAAAACUUUGUGUUAGGAGAUUCAAGGAAUAUGGUUUGCAAAUUAAAGAAUUCCAUCUAUGGGCUCAAACAAACGUCUCGAAAUACCCAGUCGCUAAGGGAGACAAAUUUAAUCUUCAACAAUGCCCUAAAGGAAAUUUGGAAAUUCAAGAAAUGCAAAAGGUUCCAUAUGCUUCGGUAGUUGGAAAUCUAAUGUGUGCUCAAGUUUGUACGCGUCCAGAUAUUGCGUACAUAAUUGGCGUAUUAGGAAAAUAUUUGAGCAACCCAGGUUUGGGUCACUGGGAGGCAACUGAAAGGGUUAUGAGAUAUCUAAAGAGAACUAGAAGUUGCAUGCUCACAUAUCGGAGGUCGGAUAAUCUUGAGAUCAUUGGGUAUUCUGACUCUGAUUUUGCGGGAUGCCAAGAUAGUUUAAGAUCCACUUCGGGCUAUGUAUUCUUGUUGGCUGGUGGAGCGAUCUCUUGGAAGAGUUCUAUACAAGGACUUACAGCUUCCUCCACCAUGGCAGCAGAGUUUGUAGCACUUUAUGAGGCAUCAAAUCAAGAAAUAUGGUUAAAGAAUUUUGUCACUGAGCUGCGUAUUUUGAAAGGGAUUGAAAGAUCUCUUAGGUUUUUUUGA